CGAAAACAAACUUAUUUUAGAGACAAAAACAACUAGACUGUAGAAAAAAAUACGCAUAUAUAUAUUAACCAAUGUUAUAGAAAAGGUCAUCUUUGUUCUUAUGAGACAGGGAACAAAUUUUGAUUGGGACAAAAAGCCCACACAUAACAGAAAAUACUAAGUGGAACAUACUAAUGAGAUAAACUGUUUUAGUAAAAGGAAAACUAUAUCAACAGUCUUUCUGUAUCCCUUUGUAAUCCACGGUGAGUUCUGUUUUGAAGACAAAUUUUUUUAUCGAUGCACCUGUAACUGGGCCCUCACAUGGCAUAUUCAUUUGUGUUUUUUUACUUUAGAGUGAAUACUACAAACCAAUAUGCCUUUCACUACACUGAUCUCGGUGAUCUCCACGGUAUUACUUCUGGUCUUAUCCAGUGCUACAUACCUACCAUCAAAUGAAAACUUAAAGUUCAACAAAUCACAAGCAAAUGAUUCUGAUUUAAAUGAAAUAAUUGUCAUUAAAACAAUAACCAGUGUGCCACUUUUGCAUUUAGUAGACUAUCUAUGGAAUCAGUCAGAAACAAAAGAAAUGAAGGUUAAAACAUUUUCGAUACCAUCCGAUUCUCUGUAUACUCAUAUCUACUAUGCUUGGAAAGAAGCUGAUCAGCACAUGUCCUCUGUUGCUUUAAAAAAUGAUGAAAUAGUCGGCGCAAAUCUAGUCGUUCCUAUCGAGAUUCUGAAAGAAAUGUACGCUCCUGAAAAAAUUGCAGACAUAUUAGAUUUCGCAAUUCACUGCUAUGCAUGGGCUAAACCAGAUAAUAUUCAAAAAUAUUCCAAUGCAAAUGCAGAUGUGUCGAUACUAAGGGGAGCAUCCAAUACAAAAGUGAAUCAACAACUUAUAAGAGAAACCACGAAAUACUUCCUUAUUUCUGCUCAGUAUGAUGCAUAUCAUUUUGUUUGGGAGAAUUCUUCAUUGGAACAAACAAACUUUAUGUCAUCAUUAAACUAUACUCAAAUUGUAUGUGGUGACAGCAAAAUUGAGACGAAUCCAUGUGACUGGAAAACACUCGGUAUGGAUAAACUAUUCGCUGAACAACAAUGCCUUUAUCGAAUAAUAAAUAAUGAAAGGACAAACAAUCUCCAUUAACGACGACAUUAAGAAUGUCUUUAAUAACAAUAGGCAUCAUUAUUAAUAUCUUAUUCAUUUAUAUAUAUAUAUAUGUCAACAAACGCUUAGUGCUUUAACGCUUUUUCAUAGUAAUAUUUCUGUUCUAGGCUAUUCUCUUAUGUUUAUAUUGGGAUGAAAUUUGUUUUAAAUAAAUCCGAAUGAG